AUGUCUACUCCCGCUAGAAGACGAUUGAUGAGGGAUUUUAAGAGGUAAAAGUUUCUCUUUGGGUAUUAAAUUAAAUUACUGGUAGUAGGUAGCCAACGUAAGUAACAAUAGCGAUACAGAACUGAGAGUAAGCGGAUCAUUAAUACGUAGAACGUUCGUGUUGCUAGUUGUUUUUGAGUGACCGUGCUUUUUGUUUCAAUUUGCCAGAAUUUCAGACGAGCCCCCAGACGGUGUUAGCGGAGCUCCUUGUGAUAACAACAUUAUGAUUUGGAACGCUGUUAUCUUCGGGUAAGUAUAUGACAAUAAGCUUACUAUGAACUUGAAUAGCUAAAACAUUUCAAUUGCAACGAGUACCGUAAGGGAGCAUAAAAGAACCUUUCCAACAAUUUUUUGUGUUUCUUCGCAGACCCAAAGACACACCAUUUGAAGACGGUAAGCUGUUCUUUUGGUUUACGUAACUUGCCUUACGUACGUUUGCUUCCUUUAUGCGAGGAGAAACAAAGUUGAUUAGAUAAGUUUUUGUUUCGCUUUUAUAGGGACGUUUAAAUUACAAAUGGAAUUUACAGAAGAAUACCCCAAUAAACCACCGACUGUUAAGUUCAUAUCAAAGAUGUUUCACCCCAACGGUAAGUGAGGGCAUGAAGGCUUGCUUAGGGCCAUGAUAUACCUCUCCCUAGAUAGUGCAUGUUUUGGUGUAAACUUGAACACUCUAUUAAUUUAGCCAUAUUCUACUGUAAAGCAUUCUUGCAUUCUUUCACACCUGAUUUAAACUACCCAGAGAUGUAAUUGCCCGCACAGGGAUUUUGCCCAGAAGGUGAAAUCCCAAGGAGGCACUCUAGCAGCUUGCGUGUAUCUUAAGGGAAAUACUUACAGUUGAAAAAAACAGUCAGGAUGCCAGAAAAAAUCUUGACAGAGGCCGCAUGGAAUCGUUGGGUAACGAUGACAUUUCUAUUGUUCGGGCCCGCAAGUAAGAGAUGGUUUGGGUUACGUAAAACAGAAAAUCCCUAAGGGACCGAUUGGGUAGAUUUUGUGACAUUUAUCUUACAGUCAGACUUCGAUGCUCUUUUGUGUUACGAGUUAUCAGUAACAUUGUAUGGAGCAUCUCAUUUGAAAGUUAUGGACCCAAAGACACUCAUUAAGUGCAGAUGAAGUUGUAAGGUGUGUAUAACUGUGUAUAUAUACACACUUGGAGAGUUUGCCAGACAUGAGUUUGCAAAUCUUUGAUUGGAAACAAUUUGCCAGACACUCUUUCUCUGUCUUUGAGGGAAUAAGCACACUAGCACAACGAUGGACAAUUACAGAAAUUCCCCAACAAUUAAAUUCUGUGCUGACUUAUUCCUUGCUCACAGAUGUCCUUCUGUAAAGUUUAAAGAAAGACUAGAACGUGCGAGCAUGAAUUAAUGAAACCUUUGAAUUUCUUAGGCUUACUUUCCUUAAAAAGUGAAAGAUAUAGUGAAAAAUUCCAACUUCUUAUUAUUUUUUUUCAUAUGGUUUACAACAAACUAUUCUCGAAACCGAGAAUGUUUUGAUCAAAGCUGUGUAAAUGGAACUGAAUCAGUGCAUGAAAUGUUGCGUUUCCUGUUUUUAUCUCACCUAUUGUAUGGAAUAUGUGUGAAAAUCUUGAUUGUGGAUCGGUAUAUUUCAAAGAGCUUCACAAUGACCAAGAAUACUAUUGACUGACAAUGUACAGAGCAGGGGCUGCUGUAGAGUCAAGUAUUACUAGUAAAUGUCUUACCAACAAUGUUAUUUUAAUACCCUGUGGCUGUGGUUGGUUGCACCAGAGAGCUCAAAUCAUAAUGCUAAUUGGCUGGGGCCACACUUGGGGACUGAAUUAUUUCCAGUUUAGUUAUUUAAAUGGCCAGCAUGAAAUUUUGAAUUUAUGUCAUGGACAUGAUUGCCACCCAUGUGUUCAGCGUAAUGGAAUAUGUCGGAAAAUCUUGCGCACUCUAUAAAAACUUGCCAGAAAAACUAACCAACACCUACCACACAGGCUAAUCAAAUAAGCGUAUUUCAGCGUUGUAGCAAACUUCUUAGUGAGAUAAUCUAGAGUCAAAUGUUACAACUUGCUGGUGGCCUGGCGUGAUGCAAAGCAGUGUCUGACAUCAUACCACCAACAGUCCUUGUUUGGCUUUCUUAUUUCAGUUUUGUUUUUUUGGUGGUUUUGGCAAGAUCUCCUUGGUGUCACUCUACACUAAGGCUUUUGAUCAAUGAUGAAAAUCAAUGAUCAGCACACCAUGAACCUGCAUUACAGACUUUUUACUGUUAAAAAACAGUUAUUUCCAUUGAAGCACGGAAGUACCAAAAGUAUUGGUAAACCUCUCUGUUCAGAUACCUAUAGAUAGAUGGAGGAUAUUACAUGAUGGCAACAGAAGAUCCAUGAAGUUUUUCUUGCCACUCAGACAUGAAAUUCAUUUCUUCAAGCUAGUUAUUUGUUUACAGAAGAGAAAUGACUCAGACAUGGAUGUCUCCUUAAAAGCUCCACAGUUGAUUUCAGGGAAGAUGGCUAAAAAAUCCUCAGUUUUUCAAGAUCGCAGUUACAUAAUCAAUAUUCUGCAUGAUCUAAUAAAAUGUUGCAUAAUUUUUUUUUCAGUAGCUGUAUAGACAAUUUAGUGUAAUGUAUUAAAGAGAUUUAUGUUCAACCUAAAAAGGUUUAAUUUUUGGUCCAACCAAUAAUUAUUAUGACUUGUCCUUGCAGUUUAUGCUGAUGGUGGGAUUUGCUUAGAUAUUCUUCAAAAUCGUUGGAGCCCAACCUACGAUGUGUCUUCUAUUCUUACAUCAAUACAGGUUAGUUUUCUGCUUUUAGUUGCAGACCUCACUUAGAGUUAAUAUUAGAACCGUACAUCAUGUACGGUAUCUCCUUGAAUAAGCGCCCAUUUAAAUUUCAGCUAAAAGGAUGGGCUCUUAUUCAAAGGAGGGCGCUUAUGUUUUCCUUUAAUAAUUAAACUAGAGAAUAAGUUAGUUGUUUACAGGAAGUUUAUGGCAUUUAUCAAUAGAGUGGGUAAUACAACAAAAAUUAAAAGAAGAGAUAAUGCACAAAAAGGACCUCUGCAAGCACGAGCAUAAAUAUAGAAGUAACUGGAUUUUGCUUAAUGGAAUACCUGUAUGUGGAAACCAUUGUUUUCCCACUUUUCCCAGUGGUUGUAGUUGAAGCCUAAAAAGUUGAAAAUAAGGUGACCAUAGCAGCUGGUUUUUCUUGUAUCCCUACUACUUUUCUAAGAAAGUGAAGGGGAAGGGAGGGGGCACUGAAUCGUGGGGAAGGGGGGGCAUGGCUUUGAUAUAAUGGCCUUGGGGGUGGGCACUUGUUUGGGGGAGGGCGCUUUUUAGAGCUUGGGUGCUUAUUCGAGGAAAUAAGGUAUGUAUUACCACAACACCUUUUACCAGUCACUUAUUAAAGUUUUGAAAGUCACGUCAAAUAUAAGGCAGACAUCUUCUGUUGGUAUGACAGAACUAUUCUAUUGUCUUGACCUGUAUUAUGAGGAGCAAGGGUAUCACAGUAGUGAAAGGACUCGCCUCUCACCAGUGUAGCCUGAGUUCAAAUCCUGGCAUCUUGCUUUGCUCAGAGAGGUUUUUCUCUGGGUAUUCUGGUUUCCCCCCCUCCUCGAAAGUCAAAUUCCAAUGCGACCAGAACUAAUUGUUAGACAAAGAACCACUACUGCUACUGCUACUUCUAAAUUGUAGUUUAUUAUUUAUUUAUUUAUUCUGUUAGGAACUAUCCUGUAAGACCCAGGUUAAGCUAAUUUGGGACAAGCAUUUACAGGCAAAAUUACUCUAUAGUAGUUUGUAAGAAGAAACGGCACUUGCUCCUCUGAGCUAGUUGCAGAAGGAUUUGAAUUCCCUGGUUUUGAUUGCACAGAAAAUAUUUUGUUAGACAGGUUUCUUUGUCAUGUCACUGUUGCUUGCUUGUAAAUUGUGUGAUAUCCAUUUCAGUAUUUUUGAUUUCCUCUACUGCCUUUCUUAAAUUUUUAUUCUUAAGGUGAUUGCCAGUGAUAACAUGACAUGUUAUAUCCACUCUAGCUCAUAUUUUUCCAAUUCACAGAUUCAUCCUGUUUGCCCUUAGCCUGGGCUUAUAACUCACAGCUUACACUUGCAGUGAUUGUUUUGUUUCAUCUUACAGUCUCUUUUAGAUGAGCCUAACCCAAAUAGUCCAGCCAACAGUUUAGCAGCACAACUUUACCAAGAGAACAAACGCGAGUAUGAAAAGAAAGUAAUUGCAAUUGUGGAGCAAAGCUGGAUAAAUGCUUAA